AUGGCUCCAUCAACGUCACCCAAAACCGUGACGCCAGCGAAGCGCAAAUUCUGUGAGGUCUCUACGGUCACUCUCCUGGUCGGCAAGAGCAAGAAGCCUUUCCACGUUCACGUCAACCUUCUAUGCGAUGCCUCCCCGUUCUUCAAGGCAGCACUCGCAGGAAAGUCCAAAGAGAGCUCCGAAAAGCACAUGCAGCUCCCGGAAGAUGACGAGAGCACGUUCGAGCUUUUCGUAGACUGGCUUUACUGCCAGCGCUAUGAAAUGUUACCUGACGACGGGGAUCAUGAGGACGACGGGGGCGACAACACGGAUGAGAGGUUCCUGCAGCCUUUCCGAUUGUUUGUGUUUGCAGACAAAUACAACGUCUGCAAGCUGAAAAACCUCGUUAUUGAAACUCUUUUCGUCGAUGGUCGUGGACCCCUGAGGGGACCCGGCCACCGCGCAAUUGCUUACGCGUACAAUCAUACCACUCAAGGGUCAGGUCUCCGCAAGUUGUUAGCAGACUGGUAUGCCUGGAAUAUUGAUCUCGGGUGGUAUGAAUUCCAAGAUAUUGAUGCGUUCCUGCGACAGCAACCCGAUUUUGCGCCAGACGUGGUGCUCAGUUUUGCCAAGAAUCUUAAGUGGAGGCAUAAGCAGAUCCACAAUCCUUUCGCGGGAGAUAUGCCAGAGGAGUACAAAGACAAGGAGGGCCCAGGGCUGCAAGAAUGA